CCUUGGUCGAUAAAUCCCGUCGUUUACCGUUCACCCCACCAUCAUCAUCAUGAGUGCCUGGCAACCCUACGUUGACUCGAGCAUCAUGGGCUCAGGGCAGUUCGAUAAGGCUGCUGUUCUGAGUUACGAUAUCGCCAAGGUGGAAGCUGGCACGCCUGGUUACACUAUCACCGACAAGGAGAUCGAGUCCAUCCGAGAACUUUACAAGACCCCCUCCAACGCCUUCGCCCACGGUAUCACGAUCGGAGGAGAGAAGUUCUUCGCCAUUAAGGCUGACGAGCGCAGUCUCUACGGCAAGAAGGGCAAGGAAGGCAUCGUCCUCGUCAAGUCCAAGUCGUGCGUCUUCGUCGCCCACCAUACCGAGACUGCGCAGACUCCCACCGCUGCCAUUGUACUGGAGAACCUCGUCGACUACGUCAACAAGAACUAAGGGGAUGGAGGCCAACACACAUUCGAUCUGAACAAAUCUACGAAAGCU